AUGAAGCGCGUAUCCCUUGUUUUUAUCGCUCUAGAUGUCGGUAAUGAAGUAGAAGUGCUAGUGGUUUCUCCUUUUCCAGGUUCUCCAACGCGCACUAAAGAUGGGAAUGAAGUUAGGACUGUGCGAGUGGCCGAUCGCACUGGCAGCAUCAACCUGUCUGUCUGGAAUGAGAAAGGUGCUCUCAUUGCUCCCGCUGACUUGCUUCAGCUUAUCCAAGGAAACACCACUGUUCGUAAUGGUUGUCUAACUCUAAACGUUGGUCGCUUCGGUCAGCUAAUCAAAAUUGGUGAAUUCUGCUUCCCGUUUGUGGAACAGCCUGACUUCAGCGCUUACAAUGAAGACUGGGCCAGGCAGCUUGUAUUAUUUGGCGUUAUUUACGACUUUAUUUGUUUCUCGUACUCAAUUAGUUCAUCACAAAGUGAGAGGGACCAAUCACUAAGACUCCUCAUUCUCCAAUUGCAGCGACCUCACUCCCAGAUUAGACUUGGUGCACUCAGAGUUAUCCAAUUUUUGACCUGCGAUGCAAUGAGGCUUCCUGCGGGUACUCCGACUUCGUUGGCCGCAACAUUUCGAGGAGCUGUUCUUCUUCAACUCCAGGACAUCCUGCCUUUCUGCAUUCCAACCACAGAGUCUGACAGACCACUGCCUCCACCGAAACUAGCCGCAGAGGAGCUUCGCCAGGAGCUGCUAAAGCUGCUGCUUCGGUGGGAGCGAGAUGUGGCGUCGGAGACAGUAACUCUGAGCAAGCAAGCCGAAGGCCAACUUGCCUCGGCGAUGCGGUACCUGCGAACUCCUGUGAAACAGGGAGGUGGAACGGCGCGUUUGAAGGAGGUAGCGGAUAUGCUAAGGCGACUAGAACUCGAGCACCAGGAAGCUGAGGCUCUGCGGCAAAGAAAUGCGCAAACAGCAGAUGCUGUAAUUCGAAGGAGGAUUUUUGCCGCCAAGACCACAUAUCGAGAACACAAGAUGGCCAUCGAGGAAAAUAUCAAGUCGCUUGAAACGAUAAUUAAAUUACUGGUUCCUGAUCUGUUCGAAAUGGAGGCCUACCAAUCUCCCUCGCCUUGCCAAAUUGAUCCACGGGAACACGGUUUUUUAAGUCAAGGCAGGAUUAGCGUCACGUUCUGCGUUGACUUUGUCAACGCGGACGAGACCAUUCCUUCUGAUGACCUACUUCCCCAGCUGCGGAUUAAACUGGACGACGACGUCCAGUUGUUGCGUGACUCAGGUCAAGAAUUCGCCGAUUUGGCGUUUAGAUGCCACCGUGGCAUUCUCUCCGAAUACAUGGAGUUGGCAAAUCUUUUUGAUGCUAACCCCAACCUCGUGGUAAUGUUCGAGGACGAUAAGGCGGACGUUGGAGCGUAUUUAACAAGGCUGAACAAUGCAGUGAGGCGAUUUUCAGCUUUGACAUUCUACGACGAAACAGCCAAGGAAGAGUCGGCAGCUAAAGGUAAUGAUCUGCGUCUUAGGCACUCGACAAUCUGCAUCCAGUCCUCAGAGCAGCCGCUCACAGUUCACGCCUCGUUUGAGACGCCUUUGUGUGUUUUUUGUCCAGCUGGAGGUGACGACGCCGGCGGAACAGAGAGGCCCGUCUCUCUGAAUUCCGAGGAGGAGGAGGAGGAGGACGAGGAAGAUGAUUUCAUCGAAGUGCCUUCCAUUCACUCCAGCGCCCCACCGACCGUCUGCACGCGGCCGACAAAUGACGCGGGAGCAGACAACCCCGCUGCGAGACCCGUGGCCCGUCUAACCGACCGCAUGCCCUGGGAGACCGACGCAAAACCCACUUCUUCGUUGUCCCGGAUGGCCCAGCAGCGCGGUCUGGACAAGGCCCGGGCGAAGCCACUGGGAGUUGCCAAGCUGGAUUUUGCAAGCCACGGACAUCGGCACCGUCUGUGGAUUCGUCUCUAUUUCCGUGCAAACAGGAGGCGCAGAAUAGGCCCAACGCACGAGAGGCCUGUGGAGUCGAUUGUCCUGCCGGAUGGGGAAGCGCGUCGCGUGAAAGUGGACGAGUCGUCUCACCGAUUUUGGAAGCCCCACGACGUCACCGAGUUCGAGCGACCCGAAACAGACCACGUUGAAGCUGCCAUCUCCCUGACAACGACUCCGUCCAGAGUGUCAGCUGAAACCAGCGUUGUGGAUGAGCCUUCCAUCGAUGGUAAGACGGCCAGUGAGAUCGCUCCUCGGCUCCAUGGACUCGCGCCUCCGUUGGCGUGUUGGGUGCCCCUUCCCUCGGGACGCCUCUGUCCCCGACGCGAUCCCAGUGGUCGAUGCCGUAUCCACGGCCGCGUCGUGCUUCGACACCGCGUCACCGGCCAGCCAUUUAGACAAGCGGACGCGCUCCGCCUGGAAGCAGAGGCCAUUAGUCGGGUGAACGCACAAGUUCAAGCUAGAACGGCGAUCGAAAGGAAGCGACGUAGGCGGCGCUAUCCCGAACUCGAGGAUAUCGCUGGCACUGAAAAAACGGCCGCGCGGUUGUUGAGGCACCGACUACUCGAACCCAAGUCACUUCGCAGACUCGGUGAAACUUUAGACGAGGCUGAUCGAAUCGAGGCGAAGAAGAGCUUUACGGAUAACUUCAACCACACCUUCAGCAGUGCUUCGAAAUGUACAGUUAAUGCUUUGCCUUCUCGUGUUCACUUAGAGGCGAGCGUGAAGCCCCGAAUGGACAGUGUAAUCCGGAGGUCGUUCAAGCUACGUGAGCCCACGAAUGAUUGGUGGUCGAAGGAAUUAGCAGCAGUAGUAGUAGGGACAGCCAAGGGUUAA